CUUAAAAAUGUUUGGUUCACCGUUAAAAUAAAAAGUUAAAGCGUCGACUCCAUGUUUUAGGGCUGCGAAUCUGAUUUCCUUCACCAUCUCCCUCCCUCCUGCGAAUCACCAGCGAACUCCAUCUCAAACCCCACUUCCUCAUCCCCAUCAGCUUUCCCAUCAAUUACUCACACCCUUCAAAACCCCAUCUUCAUCCCAAAUUUCUUCCUUUCUCGUCAAAAACUGUUGAAUUUCUCCAUCAAUUUCAUCCCCAGGAACCCUAGCAACAUUCGGAAACGCGCUCAAUUCAGCAAAUGCUGCUGCGAAUCUGAUCUCCUUCGACAUUUAUCUUCACUACUGCUGCGAAUCACCGGCACAGUAUUCUUCAUUCAACAAAAGCGCUAUACUACCGAUCUUGGUCUUGUAAGAUCUUGCAUAUCGCUUCCAUGAAGGCGCUUCCAUGAAGGUUUACCUUUUGGGAAACCAAGAGUUUACCAAGAAAACUAUUAGCCAUGGAGCCAGUAGCUAUAAUUGCUGGAGUUUGGGGCAUUAUAGCCUAUUUUAGUGAGGUAUUCACCCUUUCCCGGUGCAAAAGGAUUCUUGAGGAUGAAAUAGAAUGCCUAAGUUCCAAGAUGGAGGACAUUAAGGGAGAAAUCUCUUCCAAUCUGUGCCUACAAUAUAAGAUGCAACAGGGAGAUGAUGACCUCCAGUGUUGGAAUUCUAAGGGUCAAGAUCUCAUAACAAAAGCGAAAAGCUGCUUUAUGGAUUUUGGAAGUUUGAGGUCCUACCUUUUGGGUACCAAGAUGAAAUGGGAUGCUAUAAAAUUGAUUUCUGAUUUGAGAUGUCAUUUUCAAGCUGGGGAUAAAGUCAUUAAGGAUAUCAUGUCUAUUGCCCGUGGCCUGUCUCAUGGAUAUCAUAUACCGGUCAAACAAGUAGUUGGCCAAGAAUCCUCUGAGACUUUGGCCAAACUUAAGCUUCUGUUGGAAGAUGAUGAGUUUGGAAGAAUUGCUAUUCACGGAAUGGAAGGAAUUGGUAAGACCUUUUUGAUGAAGCAUAUGCACAACUAUUCGCUAGACAAAUUUGAAUAUGUUUUUUGGAUCUCUUCUCCAAAAGAUUUCACCAUCAAAUGUGUGCAAGAUGCUGUUGCUUAUGCGUUAAAGUGUGUUUUUGACAAUUAUGAUGAUUUGACACAAAGGGCUAACAUGUUGUCACAGACCCUUGCGGGUCUCGGAAAAUUUGCACUAUUUAUAGAUAGUGUACCAGAAGCUGAUUUCUCUCUGAAAGACAUAGGAAUUCCAAUCCCUGCUAAAGGCAAGUGCAAGCUGGUAUUGACUACUAGAUUUCCCGCAGUGUGCAGAAUGCUACAUUCUUUCAAAACUGUAACGGUGAAGCUUCUUUCUGGAGAAGAUGCAUACCAGUUGUUCAAGAACGAAGCAAGGAUGGGUGAAAGAUUCGUUUCCACCCUUGGUGGCAUGCCUCAGGAACUUGCUGAGACAGGUUUUGGAGUGCCUCGUAAGAUUGUAGACUUAGCUACUUUCAUGUCCGGAAAAGAUGAUCCCCAUGAGUGGAGAGAUGCACUACAUCAAUCAAGAUCUCUCGGAAUGAAGAACAAACGUUUAUUAAUUUCUGGACCUGAACCUGAAACUAAACGUCAAAGUAAAAGACAGAAGAAGGAUACUGUUCUCUCCCAUUCAUCCAUCGUUGAUUGUGGGACAACCUCCUAAGCUCAUAGUUCAGCUUAACGAGAAAUUGGAAUAUGAAUGUUCUGCUUUAUAAAAGGUAACUGAAAAUUUAGUUUGAUAGCAGGACUGUUGGUAACUGAAUCACUCACUUAUCUCUUCUUUCGGGUUGCUAAAUGAUACCGUUGAAAUUUCUGAUUGACGAUCUCAGCAUAAAAAGAAAAACUUGAUAUUCCUGUUUAGUCUUUUUCCCUUAUAUGUAGUUAAGUUGAUAAGUUCUGAGCACUCUUAGGCUCACUAUAGGAAUAUAACCUCUGGCAGGCAAGGGAAAGCAUUCAAGGAAUAGACCUACUCAUGAGGCUUUGCUUAUUAUGAAAUGUGAAAAUUUGUUCUUAGCUUUCCUGGUUGAUGUAUGCCAUUGGAUGAACAAGUGUAGCCACAAGACAAAAAUAUAUGUGAGCUAGUAAUAUCAGUAGAGGUGGCAAUCGGCUUGGGUUGGGUUGGGUCUAUUCAAGUCGGGUUUAAUUUAGGUUUCUUAUUUUUCGAGUCUGAGUUGGUUCAGUAUUUGUAUUUAAUGAAUACUUUCAAUACAAAAAGAAGUGUGAUAUCGGGGUCCGGGUUAGCCAGCUACACUUGGAGCAGUUCUUGAAUGAUCAAGAAAGAUCUUGAUGAUGAAGCUUGAGAAAAGUAUUACAUGAAAUAUUACAUGUGUUUUUAUUACUUGAGAAAUAUUACAUGAUAUCACUACUUAUAUAGGAAAGAAGACAAAAGACUAAACAUCAAACAAAACAGCUGGAAACUAACAAACUUAACUAACAUAAGAAAAAGACUAAAAUGCCCUUGCUAACAAAGACUACAUCAAAGUGUAGUUUCAUUGUUUGUAGGUUUUUUUUUUUUUUUUAGUGUUUUCCUUCCGAACUUACUGUCUUCUUUAUCCAUGUAUACAUAACUACGGCUUAACGAUUUAUCAGAUUCAUGAGACCUGUAUAUUCAUUUUAUGCAAAAUUAAUUAUUGAAUCUUUACAUUUCUGUUCACUUUUUCUAAAUAUUCUUUGUUAUUAUCAUGCUAAAUUUGUUCGAGUUCAUUGAACUAUAUCCUGAGAUGUCGAUUUAACUUUCUUUCUUUCUUUUUUUUUUUUUUUU